CUCGCGCGACAUGAAGCAGCACGUCGAACACCUGCGACGCGUCUUCGAAAUUCUUCGACGAGAACGGUUCUACGUCAAACUAUCCAAGAGCAAAUUCGCCUUUGAAAAGGUCCAGUUCCUAGGACACAUGGUGAGCGCUCAAGGAGUUUACGUCGACCCCAAGAAGAUCGAAGCCGUACGUACGUGGAAGACAACCGAGAAUGUGAAGGAGUUGCAGCAGUUUCUAGGCUUCACCAAUUACUACAACAUGUUCGUGCCACAGUAUGUGAAAAUCGCAGCACCACUCACAAAUCUGCUGAAGAAGAACACACCCUACAAAUGGGAGCCGAAGCACCAGGAAGCUGUGGAGCAACUGAAGCAAGCACUCACGUCCGCACCAGUACACAUCUUGCCAGAUCCCGAACGCGACUACGUCAUCGAAGCUGACGCCAGCGACCAGGCAGUGGGAGCAGUCUUGAUGCAAGACCAGGGGAAUGGACUGCAACCAAUCGCCUUCCUCAGCAAAAAACUGGACGGGGCAGAUCUAAACUAUCCAAUACACGACAAAGAGGCCCUUGCCAUCAUCAUCGCCUUCAAAGCGUGGAGAUGUUAUCUCGAAGGACGAAGAACAACCGUCUACACCGACCACUGCAGCUUAAAAUAUUUGAAGACACAACCCAACCUUUUCAGGCGGCAGGUCCGGUGGAUCGACUUCCUCGAGACACACUUCCACUACGACAUCGUGUACAAGCCCGGCCACAAAAACAAAGCGGAUGCUCUCAGCCGACCUGCACAC